GACAAUACCCCACCCAGCCGUCCUACCCCGUCCAGACUCCCGCCAACCCCGUCUACCCGCAGACCAUGGCCCUCCCGCAGCCGCCGCCCUACACCGAUGCGCCUCCUGCUUAUUCCGAGACCAUGGCCCUCCCGCAGCCGCCGCCCUACACCGAUGCGCCUCCUGCUUAUUCCGAG